AAUCCCAUAAUGCUCUACGUCUGCCGUUUGACAACUUUGUGAUGCACCGCGCAAGAAAAUUGAGGAACGUUGUGUCGUGUUGUCAAUCGUAAACGCAUUUAAGGUGAAAUCAAGAACUCGAGCAAAUUCUUGUGUUAGGUGUUUCCUGGGGUGACGAUACAAAUUUAUAACGAUGUUGGCGGCGAGGCUAGCAUGCUUGCGGUCUCUCCCGGUGUUCGGGCUGCGUUCGGCCGUGACCCAGGGUUCCCCUGUUGUGCGGAGCUCGGCCCUGAAAACCUACCCAGUCCUGCUAAAACAUCAGCAGGGUUAUUCUACCAGAGCCAGAUUUGGAUUUCGAAGGAGCAAGACAGCCAGAGAUCAGCUGCAGGAGACAGCGUUUGAGCCAGCAACAGACACUGCUAUUAAAAUUGAUAACAUGGGCAGGAUUAUUCUGGCUGGAGGAGCAGCUGUUGGAAUGGGAGCUUUGUGUUAUUAUGGCCUUGGGAUGUCAAAUGAGAUUGGAGCAAUAGAGAAAGCUGUUAUCUGGCCCCAGUACGUGAAAGACCGGAUCCACGCCACGUACAUGUAUUUUGCAGGCAGUGUGGGUCUGACGGCUCUGUCUGCUGUGGCAGUCAGUAGGAGUCCAGCUCUCAUGGGCCUCAUGAUGCGAGGAUCCUGGCUGGCUAUUGGAGCGACAUUUGCUGCUAUGAUUGGUGCGGGCAUGUUGGUGAGGUCGAUUUCCUAUGAGCACAGUCCUGUUCCCAAACAUCUGGCCUGGAUGCUGCAUGCAGGUGUGAUGGGAGCUGUCAUCGCUCCGCUCACCCUGUUAGGUGGGCCUCUGAUGGUAAGAGCUGCAUGGUACACAGCAGGCAUUGUUGGGGGGCUGUCCACCGUGGCCAUGUGUGCUCCCAGCGAGAAGUUCCUCAGCAUGGGGGGGCCUCUCGCAGUUGGCUUUGGGGUGGUCUUUGCUUCCUCUCUGGGGUCCAUGUUCCUGCCACCCACUUCGGUGUUCGGGGCAGGACUGUAUUCCGUGGCCGUCUACGGGGGCUUGGUCCUCUUCAGCAUGUUCCUGCUCUAUGACACACAGAAAGUCAUCAAACGUGCCGAGAUUCACCCAAUAUAUGCUGUGCAGAAAUAUGACCCCAUUAAUGCGUGUAUGGGCAUUUACAUGGACACGCUCAACAUCUUCACGAGACUAGUAAUGAUUCUAGCCAAUGGUGGUGGAGGAAAGAGGAAGUAGUCAUCAGGGGUAAUAGAAAACAUUGAGGUGGGAUUGUGAACUAUUCACAUGGAAAGGAAAAGGACAAACUGAAUCUAACCCAUUCCUGCUUUUUAGGCUUUACAGUUUAAAAACAGAUACAUGUUUGCGUUAGUUUUGAAAAGUGUUGAGCUGAGAGAUCUUGGAUAAUGACUGAAAAUGUCUUACCAUGUUUGUCUGCAAAGGGUUUGAAAAGAGAGAACAUACUGACUUUGUUCUGAGUGGAGAAAAAAUAAAGGUUUCAUUAACAUUCUCCCAGAAUAAACAUCCAAAAAUUACAGAUGGUGGUAUUCUUGAAAUUGAUGCAUAGAACUGAAUUAAACAACCUGAAGCCAUAGCUUGUAUUAUGUUUAGUGAAAUUGUAGAUAACUUUUUCCAUCUAUUUAUUUUGAGUGACAGGUGAUUUAAGUCAUGUUAAAGAGAAGCUUUGAUGCGUCGUUGCAUUCAUAGUUCCUGUACUUACAGCAUGGCGAUUUCUUUUUAGAGAUGAAUGGAAUUACAUUUUCAGUGUGUUUAGAUAUGGGUGAUGACAAAUUUAAACUCAAAAGAAAUUCAGUUUCAAGUCUAUCGUUCAAUAAAUUAAUUCUGAAUCAGCA